AUGCUUCCUCUACGCUUUGUCCGAUAUCGCUCGCCUUUCACCACUUCGGUUCGCUCUAUGGCAUCGGCCUGCUCGACUUCCUCCCGCCUCGAAACCCUUCCAAAGUCGCCGAUUCGUGUCCUACGCUCCGUUGAAUCUGUCCGUCGCUGGCGAAACCCCCAUGUUGUUAACCACCGUUCCGUUGGCCUCGUCCCUACCAUGGGCGCUCUACAUGAAGGCCAUCUUGCUUUGAUCCGCGCCGCUGCCAAGGAGAACCAUCAUGUUGUCGUGAGCAUAUACGUAAACCCUGCGCAGUUUGGAAUCAAGGAGGACCUAUCGUCGUAUCCUGUAACCUGGGAAGAAGACUCAAAGAAGUUGGCAGCGCUGGAUAGAGAGCUCGCAGAUGAUGGAGGGAACUUGGGUCGCAUCUCUGCUGUGUUUGCGCCGACAACACCGGAGAUAUACCCAAGUGGCUUUCCAGGCCAGGAGAUUGAUAGCAAGGGAAGCUUUGUUACCAUCACACCCGUGGGAGAGGUUUUGGAAGGUGCCAGCAGACCAACCUUCUUUCGGGGCGUUGCGACAGUGUGCCUGAAGCUCUUUAACAUCGUUCAGCCCGAGCGAGUGUACUUUGGCCAAAAGGAUGUUCAACAAACAGUCGUCAUCCGUAGAAUGGUCAAGGACUUUGUCUUGCCUUUGCAGGUGGUUGUUCAGCCCACGGAGCGCGAUACAGAUGGGCUUGCCCUCAGCUCUAGAAAUGUCUACCUUGGCCCGAGACGAAGAGCUGCCGCUAUCGUUUUCCCGAAGGCAUUGCACGCUGCCGCCGCCGCUUAUACAUCUUCCGGCUCUUGCUCUAGGGAAGCCGUCCUUGGUGAGGCGCACAGAGUCAUCAAUGCCUUUGCAUCGCGGCAGUCAAAGCUGUCCCCCACCGAGCGUGUUCUCUUCGAGGUUGACUAUAUCUCUCUCGCGGAUCCAGACACCUUGACAGAAAUUGAUGAGAUUGACCCGUCACGUGGAGCAGUCUUGAGCGGCGCAAUCAAGAUGUUGCCCGUCGAGGAGGCACAGAAAGGUGAGGACUUAGGCUUCAGCGGAGGACCGCCCGUGCGUCUGAUAGACAAUAUCAUCCUGAAGCCCCAGGAUCAGAACAGCGCCUAA